CUUCAGCCAUCCUGCCAAAAUGGUUCUCUCCUUUGUUCUCAGCCCCCAACUCUACAUAUGACAUCAUGCUCUGCUACCCCGGUAACCUUCCAAAUCUCCUGUCUCUGUUUGUACAUCUGGGCAGGGGGAAAGGACAGUUCUCUUGCAUUACCAAUGGCCCUCAGUGACCCUGCAUCGCUUCUUAGUAGCCCUAGGUUGUUUUGCAUAAGCUUGCCCAUAAUUCCUCUGCAGUCUGUAUUUUCCCUUCAUAUUCCAAAUGGAUGCUUUAAUUGAAAUUCCUGCAUUGCAAGGGGUUGGACAAUGACCCUAUGAAUCAAAACCCUAUCAUUCAUUAUUUUCUUGGGGUUGGGGGGUCCCCCUCCCAAAUUCAUAGCACACCUAUAUUGCAGCCAGAAGAAGUUGUUCAAGCACAUGUCAGCAGGAUUGCUGCUCUGGAGGGCAGGCUCAUCUUGGACUUCCUUGAGUGGGAAUUGACCUCCUGAUUAUUGAGGGUGACAUGGACAAGUUCCUCAUCAACAGCACCUGGAAGAGCUACCCAAAGACGACUUCCAGGUGCACACAGGACUCCGCAUUCUCAGUGAGGCCAGUUUGAGAGAAGAAAACAUGCUGUGGCUGGGUUGCAGUUUACUGCUGGCGGCUCUUGCAGCUGUUGCAGCUGCUGAGAAGUUGGUUGGUAGUGCCAAGUGCCAACAAGAUUCUGUGCCAUGGGAAGUCUCCCUCCAGUCAGUGCACCAUGUCUGCAGUGGGGCCCUCAUCAGCCAAGAAUGGGUGUUGUCCUCAGCUCAGUGCAGCAGGAGCCCAGACCACAUGGAGGUCUGGCUUGGCCUACAAGUCCCUGAGACUCUUCCUAAGGAGAAGCAACAGGUCAUUGCUGCUGCCAAGCUGGUCCCUCAUAAGCAGUUCAACAACUACACACUGGACUAUGACAUCAUGCUCAUCAAGCUUGCACAACCAGCUGUCCUGGGUGAGCUAGUGCAGCCCAUCAGUUUGCCCAGCCAAUGUGCCAUAGCUGGGACCCAGUGCCUGGCUUCAGAAUGGAUCAGCAGCAACUGCAGCUGCUCAGGAUCAACAUAUUUUGGGCUUACAGCUGAUGGAACAGACAACCUUCUGCAGUGCUCCUACCUUCCAGUCACAUCUGAUGCCACUUGCAACAAUGUCUACCCAGGACGGUUCACUGAGAGGAUGCUUUGUGCUGGACAGCUGGACAGCAGCCAAGAUGCCUGCAAGGGAGAUGUGGGCAGCCCCCUGGUGUGUGAAGAAGCCCUCCAAGGACUGCUGUCCUGGAAGAAAAGCUGCAGUGAAGAGAACCGGCUGGGGCUGUACACCAAGGUCUGCAUCUUUGAAGACUGGAUCCACUACACAAUUGCCAACAACUGAAGAGCAAUAAAGCCAGAUUGAGCUCUGACCUGGUAUCUCGCUGCUCUGAGAAAGACCCUGUGAUCUGGCACCACCAGCAAUGCAAUGACUAUACAGGCCUGGCUACUGUGGAAGAGAAGGCUUCUAGGAAGUCUACCCCCCAGUCUGCCCACCACCAGAGGGGUCAUGGCUGAGGCAAGGGAGCAGAAUCGAAUGAUUUGCUCCCUCACUCCUCAGCUUCCGGCACACCUCCUGGAAUGGCUUGAUUUCACAUUAUGGUAGAUGUUGGUUAGGGUUUACCAUGUAGGUGAGGGAAUAUGUUAACUAUAUUUUAUUCCUCCACAAACCUGACCAACAGACAAAACAUCAGCUUAUCGCUUGUGUUUAGAAGCACAGUGAUGAGCAUCUUAAACAGUAAAAAUAAAAGCCUUUAGGCUGAU